CCGACGGGCGAGUGAAACCUGUAGCCGUUGAGAAAGGCAAGUAUCACCUCUCACCGCACUCCUCCCGCCCUCACCAACCAUCCUCCUCGUCUUCAUUUUUCACCUCGCCGAUUCACCACCGCCUCCACGCCGUAUUCAUUCCCUUCCCCCCACCUCCCGACCUCCCUCCCCACCCUACUCCUGCCGCUGCUGCAUCUUGAUUGAUCUUCCCACCUCUCUCCUCCUCAUUGCCCCCAUCUCCAUUCCCCAACAUUCCUCCUCCAGUCCUGGCUACAGCCCGGUGAUGAUCCACUGAUGGCGAGUUCUUGGUAUUAAUGGCCGCUUGGUAGCCAGCGCUCUUCAAUCCCCCUUAACUCCCCCACCUCUUAUCUCCCUGCACCUUGAGCUGAGCUCCGGCUCCCCUCCGCAUUGACCAUCGCACUUCGUCGGGUCGGUUCUUGCCGCGUCCAAUCCUGAUCUGGAAGCUUCGCGUGCCGUGAUCUGAGAGCGUCCGGGGCCAUGGGGACCGGGGCGGUGGCGGUGGUGGCGCCGGACCGGGCCAAGCAGCGCCGGGGCGGCCACCUCUGGAAGAAGGCGCUGCUCCACUUCUCGCUCUGCUUCGUCAUGGGCUUCUUCACGGGGUUCGCGCCCUCCUCGUCGUCCUGGAGGGCCGCCACCCAGCACCCGCCGCACCGGGCCGGGGACCACCUCGCCGCCUCCCGCGUCGCCGUCGACGCGCGCGUCAACCUGGUGCCGUCGCCGCCCGACACGGCUGGCGAGGUGGGGCUCGUCGGGGCCGGCGGCGGCGGCGGCGGGGCGACGGUUGACGUGGGCGACGACGACGAGGAGGCCGGCCCGCGGCGGCUGCUGAUUGUGGUCACCACCACGCGGUCGGGCGCCGGCGAGCGGCGGCGGCGCAGGGCCGAGCUGCUGCGCCUGGCGCACACCCUGCGGCUCGUGCGCCCGCCCGUCGUGUGGGUGGUCGUGGAGCCGGUCGCCGACGCGCCCGCCACGGCCGAGGUGCUGCGGGGUACAGGCGUGAUGUACAGGCACAUCGCGUUCAAGCCCGAGGAGAACUUCACCACGGCCGCCGCCGAGGCGCACGCACAGCGGAACGCCGCGCUCGCCCACGUCGAGAAGCACCGCCUCGCCGGCGUCCUCCACUUCGCCGACGCCGCCGGCGUCUACGACACCGGCUUCUUCGACCAGAUCCGCCAGAUCGAGGCGUUUGGCACAUGGCCUGUGGCAACAAUGUCGGCAGGCGAGAAGAAAGUGGUAGUGGAAGGUCCAUUAUGCAGUGCCUCAAAGGUCAUCGGCUGGUUCUCAAGGGACUUCAACGAUGGGACUACCCGUGCAGUGACAUAUAACACAGAAACUGACUUGAAUCCUGCUGGUGUUGCUGGUACACGAAUCCACACAAUCGAUGUCUCAGGGUUCGCGUUCAACAGUUCUAUUUUGUGGGAUCCUGAGCGGUGGGGACGGCCAACGUCAUUACCAGAUACUUCACAGGAUUCGAUCAAGUUUGUUCAAGAAGUGGUACUGGAAGACCGAGCUAAGCUGAAGGGGAUCCCCUCUGAUUGCUCCCAGAUCAUGGUGUGGCAGUAUGGCGCGCCCAGCUCACAAUAGACGUAGUAAGAGGCUGGCAUGCAGGAAGGGAAAAUUGGCGGGGAUCGGAGUUGAUGUAAAUGUGGCGAUAACAAAAAAGGAAAGGAAGAAGGUCGAUUACUAAGUUUUCUUGUUUCUCUUUGGGGUUCCCUUUUUCUUUCUCUCAUUUUUGGGUUUUCAAGUUCGGAGGGGCCAUGAUGAAUUGUCCGCGGGAAAUCUGCCCCCCGACCGGGGGAAAAAAAGCGAUAGUAUUUAUUCAGAUUUAUUUGUGAUUCUUUAACUUGACCCUGUUGUGUUCGCGAGGCGCUGUUGCCUCUCGAAUCCCCCGUGGAUUGCAAUAAAAACCAUGUGGAGGAGGAAGGAAUGGACUUGGGGAGGAAAA